AUGGGAGCAGCAUGCUCAUGCUUUAAAGAAACCCAGCUAGACUCAGAGCAACUUACUAUCAAAAAAGAAACUUCAAAUUCACGUUUAAAACAAGAGCAAGGCGCUUUUGUCAUUGAAAUACCUGCCUAUUUUUUCAAGCCUGCAGAAAUCAACAAUUCCCAUCUCUUAAUUUUGCAAUCUGUCCUAACUCCCCCCCCCCAUCCUUGAUCGAACGACUCGCCAUCGUUCGAUCAAGGAUGGGGUUAAAAAAAAUUUUUUUGGGAAAAAAAAUUUUUAUAUAUAUUUUUUUUUAUUUACUUUUAAAUAAGAGGGUUAAGGGUAUUUAAUAAUUAUUUUUACAGCAAAAAAUUUAAUUAAUUUCAUAAAAAUACCAAUUUUUAAUAUUUUGAUUUAUUAGUUACCCCUUUAAACUGUAUAAAUUUUAAUUUUGCUCCUUAUUAAAUUAAAUUUUUUUUUAAAAUUUUAAAAGAUCUCUAUAUUUUAUUAGAUCAUUAAUUUUUUAAGCCUAGAUUGAUGACUAAAUCACUUCGGAUGGUUGAUUUCGAAGCUUUCUGUCCUCUCAAAGUCCCUGAAAACAACUUCAUUAGGUGCAUCUUCCCAAGCUUUUGAUAACUAAUAUAUUUUUAUAUAUAUAUAAAAGUUGCAUGAUAUGAAAAUCGUUCGAUCAAGGAUGGGGGUUAAUUUCCCCAAUUUUUAGGAAUUUUUACAGUCAAUCGUUCGAUCAAGGAUGGGGGGGGGAGUAAGAGGUUAUCUUGAUCGUCGAGCAGUUAAAGAAAAAAUCAAGGCUAAUAGCACUCAAGUCAGGCUAAACUCUGGAUACACAAUGCAGCCUAGAAAUUCCGUUAUGGAAAUUCAUGGAGAACUUCCAAAUUAUUCAAACACUAUAACAGAAGCUAUAUAUAAAAAACUUGAGCCUUUUCAGUAUGAUGCUGAGUUCACUGAUAAUACUCCAAGGGUCAAAAAAGGCCCAGUUUUGCUCGAUAACGGAGCUAUUUAUAUAGGAGAGUGAAGUGAUAAAUGAGAAAGGCACGGAAAAGGAGUCCAAGUUUGGCCUGAUGGAUCAAAAUAUGAAGGUUACUGACUGCAUGAUAGAGCUAACGGAAAAGGAAGGCUGAUGCAUGGAGAUGGAGAUGUUUAUGAAGGAGACUGAGUUGAUGAUAAAGCACAUGGCUAUGGAGUUUAUAAACAUACUGAUGGCGCCACCUAUAAUGGCCAAUGAAAAGAUGAUAAACAGCAUGGGUUUGGCCUUGAAAUAUGGCCUGACGGAGCCAGAUAUGAAGGACAGUAUACUUAUGGCAGAAAAGAUGGGAAAGGCAAAUUCCAUUGGUCUGAUGGAAGCAAAUACUAUGGGGAGUUUAAAGAUAAUAAUAUUGAUGGAGAAGGAAUUUAUUCAUGAAUGGAUGGAAGAAGAUAUGAAGGAACCUGAAAAAACAAUAAAAUGGAUGGAUUUGGCACUUUUACGUGGGCUGAUGGAAGAUGUUAUAAAGGAGAGUAUGUAGAUGAUAAAAAACAAGGCAGGGGGUAUUUUUCGUGACCUGAUGGAAGAAAAUAUGAAGGAAGCUGAUAUAAUGGUAAACAGCAUGGACAUGGGGUUUACUCUACUGCUAAAGGGGAAAGAAAAGAAGGAGAAUGGCAAGAAGGAAAAAGACUGAAGUGGGUUGAAAAUUAA